AUGGAGCCCAAAACCAUCCCCCCGCUCGAGACGGUUGUCAUCCUAGUUCGCCAUGCCGAAAAACUGGUCUGGGAGCAAGGACUCUGUCCCGAGGACCACAAGCUCGCCAAGGCCGCAUACGUCGACGACCACCAGCUCAGUUCCAAGGGCUGGGAGCGGGCGCACGCCUUGGUGCCGUACUUUCAGCAUCGGGGCGAGAUGGGCGAGAUCCUGCAAAGCUUCCCGCUCGGCGGGAUCAUCGGCCAGGACGUCGAUCUCGGGCCGGAGCCCUUUGGCCAGUCCGAGCGGUGCCUCCAGACGGUCGAGCCGCUCUCGCAGGCCACGGGCAUUCCCAUCACCCGGUUCAUCAAGCGCGACUUUGCCGAGGCCAUCGAGGCCGUUCGAGCCCGGGCCGAGUGGAAGGGCCGGUCUGUGGUGGUGUCGUGGGCUCAUCAGAUGCUCCGGGACUGGGCCCUCGCCCUCGGCGUCGAUCCGGCAGAGAUCCCUGGCAAGUGGCCCGGCAAGCGGUACGAUCUCACCUGGGUGAUUGUCCCCGGUGCUGGCGCAGACGGCCGUCCCCAGCUCAGGCAGUACUGUCAACGGCUUCUCUAUGGCGACUCGGACAAGAUCCUGACGCUGUAG